CAGGAAGGACCGUGGGUGUCCUCGUGUGUCGUACUUCGCGAUGAGCUUUUGCACGAAACUCGCCGUGUACAUCCUCAUUGGCGCCAUUCCCAUUCUCUCCGUGGCAAACGACCAGCGGGUGAGCUGGGACGGCUGGGACGAACAGUCACAAAGCCCCGACCCUACCACGAACUCACCGUCUGUAGUGGAUUUGGACGUGGACAGCUCACAUGGAUCCGAGUACCGGGGAGGGCUGCACGAUCUUGUGAGGCAGUGCGCGGAGCGCCUGGAUCUUCCAGGAUAUACUUGCGAGAAAAAUUCUUCCUCCGCCGAUUUCCGGAUACCGUUGAUGGGAUCUGGUGACCUUCCUUGCGGGUUUGAGACUCGAUUGCCGACAUCAACAUUUGAGGACCUCGCAUCGAGGUACGCGAUUCACUUCAUGGGGGAUAGUACCUCCCGUCGAUUAGUAGAGAGCUUCAUCUCCAUCGCGACCGGCAAUAGGUCGGCCCACGUGUACUACCACGAAAGCAGGAACUUGACCGUCGACGGAUUACAGGUGAACUUUCACUGGGCGCCGUAUUGCAGACAGGUUAAGAAUGAAAGCCUGCACGAGAUAAUGGAUAACCAGGCGCUGGAUGGUGGCAGGCGAGCAAUAAUAGUCACCGCGUUUGGCGUCUGGGACUCUAGUCACGGAGGUGGCGAUGAGGCUGCCCUGGGCGUGUGUGCGGACGCAGUGAGAAGCCUUGUGCAAGUCGCGCAACCUCCUCCCGCGGGCAGCACAACGGCUGAGAACAUCGCUGCAUCUCCGCCCCUGGUUUUCCUGCUUCAGAAUAACCCUUUCCUUCCCGGUUCGGAGCAAGACCUCUUCUUGAGGGAUUUGCAUCAGAUUCAGCGAGAAAUUGUUGAUAGUGGUGAACAAGAGGCAGUGUAUCUCGUGCACGAUAGAGAAAGUAUAUUCAACCGCUUGUCAUGCUACAGGAUGUCCGAAUCGAUCCAUUUUAACGAUCCCGUCAAGCUCGUUGAGGGUAAGAUGCUUUGGGAUCUGAUUGAACUCGUUGCUCGUGCCGAUACCUAA